CCUUUUCUUCCGUUCCGUUCGCCUCGCGUUCGCGCGCCUCUCUCUCUCUCUCUCGCGCGCGCUCUCUCAUCGAGCAACUCUGGCGACGACCGCCGCCGCGGCCCUACGCUUGGUGCUUGUGGUUAGGUCUAGCCUCGACGGUCCUUCGCCAGGUCGUCGUCGGGUCCUUCGCUGGCGACGAGGCCUCCCUACUCCCUUCCUGCAGUGCGAAGCCGAGCACCCAAACCCUAAAUCGAUUUGGAAGUUAUUGGGUGUACCUAUCUAUAUCCAUGUCAAUUACUACUCGGUCAGCCGCCCCUGGGCAUGAAGGUGAUGGAUCGACUUGUUCGGCCACUCAAGUACAGGCCUCAACUUGUCAAGAAGUGGAUGACUCUGAUUGUGCUGAAAUAAGCGCAUCUCAGGUCCAGCUUCCAGAGGAUAUCCUUCAUCGAAUACACGCUCUCAUGGAAAUGCAAGAUGCUGCCCAGGCUGCAUGUGUGUCUCGUAGUUUUCUGCGUUCUUGGAGAUGCUACCCAAAUCUCAACCUGUCUAUAUUGUCACUCGGCAUAAAGCAUGAUGACACACUUUGCAUAAAGCGAAAUGCAUCUAAAAGACAUGAAACGGUAAUGGAAUUUGUCAGUAGAGUUGACCACAUUUUGCAGAACCACUCUGGCAUGGGAGUAAAGACAUUUAGCCUUCAAACUUACCCUUGUUCAGAUCUCCAUCCUAGUUAUGUUGAUCGCUGGCUUCAAGUUGCCUUUACUUCUCGGAUUGAAAAUUUCCAUCUAUCAAUGAUCGAAGGUCAGGACAUAAAGUACAACUUCCCAUGUUCUGUCUUUUCUAUUGUGCAGAGAAGCUCCAUUCAGUCUUUCUCUCUCUCUGUAUGCUCUUUUCACUCUGCCCCACAAGUUGGUUGCAUGAGUAGCUUGACAAAUUUGAAAUUGAGUUCUGUCCAUGUUACUGGGGAGGAACUAUAUGGCUUUCUGUCCAAUUCUUGUGCUUUGAAGCAGAUUUAUCUGUCCAACUGCGAGGAUAUUAUCUGCUUAAGGAUACCUUGUCUGCUGAAGGAGCUUAAUAUCCUAAUUGUGUUUAGCUGCCUAAAUCUGGAGGUCAUUGAAAGCAAUGCCCCAAAUCUCUCCAUUUUCUCCUAUGUAGGGGAUCAAAUACGCAUCUCUUUUGGACAUGCGCCUCAAGUGAGGGAAGUUACCUUCCACAAUUACGAUUCACCUGGUGCCUUGUAUUAUGCUAGAACCAAACUUCCAUUCAUCAUCCCAAAUGUUCAAAGUCUUGAUCUAUUAACAGGAGAUGAGACAGCCAAUACACCAAUGACAUAUGGUAGAUUUCUCCAGCUCAAGUACUUGGAGAUAGUGGCGUGUGCACCAAUAUUUACCCCAGACUAUGAUUUUUGCUCGCUGGUUUCUUUUCUAGAUGCUUCCCCAGCAUUGGAGACCUUCAUCCUACGUAUUCAUAUUCCGACCUUGAGACCUGAUUCUAUUGUUGAAGAUCCAGGUGCUGAUUCCUCACGUCCACAGUGCCUUUCAGAAUGUUGCCAUGACCACCUGAAGAAUGUGAUGAUAACUGGCUUUUGCUCUGCAAAGAGCAUGAUCGAGCUUACGAUCCAUAUUAUCGAAAAAACAAAGUCAUUGGCGUGUCUCACAUUAGACACUACACGUGGGCAUGACAUUAGGUUUAACAAGACUGACGAAUGCUGGAAGCUGAGUCAGGAUGCACUCGUGGAGGCUGAAAAGGCCCGUGUUGCCAUUCAGAGACAUGUCGAGGGGAGAGUGCCUUCGUCUGUGAACCUAAAGGUUAUUGUGCCGUGCAGCAAGUGCAUAUGUUGAUAAACAUUAGAUGUGUCCAAAUGCCUCCUACGUAGUAUGCACACAAAUGUAUGCAUGGUUUUGCGGAAUGUGUUAAGAGAGUAUAAAACAGCAUGAAUAUCGAAUGCGACUUCUGUUUAAACACUGUGUCUUAUUUUGAAGU